CACUCAGCAGCCUGCGAUCAUAAUGCAAGCAGUGAUGAACUCGUUUCGCGAGACACUGGCCAACGCUCGGCACGUCCUGAUCCUCACGGGCAGCGGAGUAUCCGCCGAGUCCGGCAUACCGACGUUUCGCGGGCCAGGUGGAUUUUGGCGCAAGUAUCAGGCCACGAGCCUGGCCACCCCCGAGGCCUUCGCCGCGAAUCCGUCGUUGGUUUGGGAGUUCUACGAGUAUCGCCGGGCACUGGUGAAAAAAGUCCAUCCGAACGAAGCUCAUCGUGCCAUAGCCGAAUUUCAAGAGAGACUGGCGAAGAAGAAUCGCAGAGUGACGAUCGUGACGCAGAACAUCGACGAGCUGCAUCAGGUCGCGGGGGCGAAAAACGUCCUCGAGCUUCACGGUUCGCUCUUCAGAACCAGAUGCACCAAGUGCAAGAUAAAGGAGACUAAUCACGGUAUACCAAUUUGUCCGGCGUUGGCGGGUGACAUAUCGGCGGAACCGAACUUCGUCUCGUCGAACAUUCCACUGGACGAGCUGCCGAGAUGUAGCGUCCAGAGCUGUAAAGGACUUCUCAGGCCGGAUAUCGUGUGGUUCGGCGAGGGUCUCGACUCCGAUAUUCUCGACAAGACCAGCGAGGCGGUGGAAACUUGCGACGCUUGCCUGAUCGUCGGCACCUCCUCGAUAGUCUACCCGGCGGCUAUGUUCGCGCCCCAAGUGGCCCAGAGAGGCGUUCCCGUGGCCGAGUUCAAUCUCGAAACCACCCCGGCCACGAGAGAAUUUCAGUAUCACUUCGAGGGGCCGUGCACGGUAACGAUACCGGAUGCUCUGGCCGAUCCAGCGGCCGCGGCCUCCGAAGAAGACUGAGAAGAAUACAUUUUGAGGAGUGGAAAGAAAAGACUAUAUUGGAUUAAGAAAAAUUCUGUUUUCUGUCUUCGUUUAUUGUAGAGAUAGUACAAUAUUUUUCUGUGUAUACACGAUUAUAAAUUGUAAUAUGUAUCAUUUGGAAUAUCUCGAUGAUAUCAAUGGGAUAUCCCAAUGACGAUUAUAUUACAAGAGAUACCAUCUAUUAAAAUUAAUUUUUAAGAACGUCGCAACAAUAAAAACAAUAUUUUCUAA